GGGCAGUACUGAGAAUUGAGUUUCAAAGCAAAGCCUGGCCAGAUGUCUGUCUUACUUUGAAGGCUAUCCAAAACAUUGCCAGAGCCCAUCAGUACCUUUACAUCUCAUACUCUAAUUUCCUACAAGCCUCUUUGCAGGGAAACUAACUUUUUCCUGUACUGUCAGUAGCUCAUUCCUCAUCAGUGCAGGAUGUCUUAAGAGAUAGCGUUGGGCUAUGGAGAAAUCUACCAAGCAGGAUAAUAAAUAGUGUGAUGCUGAGAAUAAUGGACAAUCACAUCUUCACCAAUGUGUGAUUACAGAAAGAUGGGAUGACCUGCUGACACCCUCUUAUACAGACAGACGUCAUUGUGAACAGGAACUAGAAAAGCAUCUGCUCACAGCACCAAGGAAGGAGGAAAGCAUGCAGCUGGACAACUGAGAUUGCAUAUAUCAUGUACAACAGGGCAACAUGUACUCUAGGAGAUUUCUUUCAUGGCAAGUGAGGACUUGCAAUCUCUGGCUGAGCUCAUCACCCUGAAUGCAGAGAAAAUGAUCUGAUAGCAGAAAGUGAUGAUUCAGGAACUCCAGAGGACAAUCAGAAAGUUGGUGACUUUCCCCAGCAUGACAGAGCAAGUGGAUAAGGUCCUGACCAAAGCUGGAGAAAUCUGGGCAAACAUCAUGACCGACACGAUGCAUCAUACAGGGAACGGUCAGAGAAAUGGCGAGGGCUGGCUCCCGUAUCCCAGGUUACAAUAAACAACUGGUGCCAUGAACAAGGCCAUGUGUGAAGAUUUAACUAACUUUGUAGCUAAGUCCAUAAUCUACUAAGAUGGCAUCUCUACUGCAGAUUCUGACUCUAGCUGUUGUUAGUGUCCUGGUAAUCAAGUGUGAAGAAUUUCUUCCUUGUCCAAAGAAAUGUGUGUGUGAGGCCUCGGACAGUUCAGUGACAUGUAUUCUAAAGACCCUGAGGAACAUUCCAGCACACCUUCCAUUCUCAGUGCAGACCCUCAACUUGGAGCGCAACCGUAUCAGUAAGAUUGUUCGCAACACCUUUGUACGUUAUCCCAACUUAAGCCAUCUCAACUUGAACCACAACAAGAUCAAAACAGUGGAGGAGGGAGCAUUCAAUGGACUGUCACAACUUAAGAGUCUGUACUUAUGUGGAAACAGGUUGAGUCUUAUACCCAAGGGCACUUUUGCAGGCGUGUCUAAUGUGACUCGACUGGACAUGAACAGGAAUGAGUUAGUUCUUCUAACAGAUAUGGGAUUUGCAGAGUUGUCCAAACUGGAAUAUCUUGACCUGCUGGAGAAUGGCAUUCUCUUUGUGACUGAGUAUGCUUUCAAAGGGCUGGAUUCUCUCAAGCAUCUCCUAGUGUCCAAGUGGAAGAUGUCUGAUCUCCCCACAGACCGAUUCAUCCACUUACGCAGUCUGCAGACACUGGAGAUUUCUCACAUGAAAAGUGAGGUGCUGAAGCAAAAUGUUGUUAGCAACCUGACACGACUGCAGAACCUCCACAUUGGGCAUUGGAAAAAACUGACCAACAUCUCUCCCAAGGCAUUCCGAGGCCUGGACAGCCUAGUGUCACUUAUCAUUCAUCACACAAACAUCUCAGUUAUCCCGUCUCCAGCUAUACAACAGCUACGCAACCUUAAGGAACUCUCAUUGAACAACAACCCUAUAGAGCAGGUAACUUCUGCCUCAUUACGGGGGAUGACGUCAUUAAGAGAACUGUUCCUCGAUCACUGCAACUUGACGUACAUUGGAACAGGAGCUUUCAAGCAGCUGAAAUCAUUACAAAAGUUGGACCUGAGUUAUAACUUGCUAAAGGCUCUUCCCAGAGACACAUUUCCUGACAAAGUGACAUUCCAUCAGGUCACCCUGACAGAGAACCCGUGGAACUGCGACUGUCAGAUGACGUGGCUCAUCUCAGCAAACACGCAGGGCUGGAGGAGUGUGUACUGUUCCACUCCUGAAACCAUCCAAGGGAUAGACGUCCUACGGCACGGCAAGUUGGCUCGUAAGAAAUUACUACAAAACAUGAAGUGUAACUUGCCGACGGCAGCCAUCUCCCAGGGACCAACAGUGAAGGUUGAGCAAGGUAGCGAGCUGAGAUUACAGUGCCUCGCCCAGGGAGAGCCCAAACCUACCAUAUCAUGGAUUCCUCCAGCAGGGAGGACAGUGGAUACUGAGGUGACAUUGAAGGGAGGAGUGCUACAAAUAUCUGCUGUCAACACAGCGGACAAAGGGAGAUACACCUGUGUAGUGACCAAUGCAGGAGGGACAGUUGUGGUCAACACCAGUGUCAUAGUUAUUGGAUCAUCCCAGCAGUCUUCAGGACCAGGCCCAUCCAACAUGCCUAACCAGCAGGACCCGCAACUCCAGUCUGAAGGAGUCAACUACACCACCCUGCUGGUAGCCAACCUGAUGGGGGUCAUGACCUUUCUGGGAGUGGUCCUGCUUUGCUGUGGUGUCAUCUUCCUUCUGUCCCGAAGUAAGAAUGGUAUGAGCCUCAUCAUGCUAGAUACAGAGAUGGAGUAUGUCCCGAGGGGGGAUUCAGAUGAUAGCGGUGGUCGAGGAAAAGGCAGUGAUGAAAAACGAAAGAUUAAGACAAAGAUUGUCCCAAUUGCUACUGCAGGAGACAAAAUAAAAGGAAGCAAAGGUGGCAAAAAGAAGAAAAAGAAAGAAAGAUAAUGAAAGACAGCUGAUUUAAAGGGUAAUUCCCCAAGUAAAAGGUGUGCAUAUCUGAGGGACGAUGCCAAAUGAUUGUAAAUGGAAAGUCACAGAUUCUUAAGACAAGGAGUCAUGAGAAAGAAGGCAAGAUGAGCCCCAAGGCUUCACUAUUACCUACUUGUCACUAUCCAAUGUUGAUCUUCAUGCAUAGUGUUCAUGACGUGUCUUGCAGAAGUGAUGUAGCCUGUGGCUGACAAUACUGUGAUGAAGUCAUGUUUGAGUAAUACAAAAUGUACCAUUGGCACAAAAUGGUGGUGUGCAUAACAUCAAAUGUUGAAGACAAUAGGAUGAUGUUUACUCCAACAGUAGAGUGAAAGGUGAUGAUGUUAAUUACUACAGAUAAUCCAGAGCAUAUGUGCAUGAUUGUGCAAAUUGCAUGUGAAUGAUGUAACAAUGUGUUCCAUCUUUCAUUUACCUAAUGCACGUUAGGGAAGGUAAAGAGCACUUGAUAAUCAGUGCUGGUAAAAACUGUAUUGACUAGCUGGCACUGUAUUGUUGUAUCCAAACUUCUCUUCCUAAAUAUGUCAGAGGGCCUGCAAGGAUUUUAUAUUUCUAUUUGGUUGACUACAUCUUGGGAGAUGAACGUGUAACUCAAAUAUUUUCUCCAAGAAAGACGUUUGCAUUGUCAAGUCUUAAAAAUAUAGAAUGAAAUGUCCAUUUAAUCUUUGCAGACCCGUGAAGUCUUGUACCUUACUGUAUUACUAAUCUGCUCCAACUAACACAUAUGGUCACGCUUGCUGUCCGAGGUAAUAAUAAAGUGCUUACUAACAGUAGCUGGACAAUGUCUUGGCUGUUUUUGACUAACAAUGCCAGUGGUGCCAGGUUCAUGCCAGAAAUCUUCACAUUAGUGUACUGUUUCAUCAGAAAUAUUUUUAUCAAUAUAUAAUAUAUUGAUCCAUUAUAUAUUUGUUACUUUUACAUACUGGUAUACUUGGCACCUGUGGCACUAAGUGUCCAAAUCCUGUCUUGAAUAGCAGUGAGCUGAUACAAAGUUUGCCUUAAGCACCCCCCUAGCAGUAUGUUUGCAUCACUCAAAGCAAAAACCUAAUGAGCUGCACUGACAAAUAAAACAUUUCUACUUCACAAGGAACAGUCUGUUUCAAACAAAAAAGAUUGAUAUCAGAAUUUUGUCAACUUCACAGAUGCAGAUGACAAGAUAGACUGACCACAAGUCCUGUGGAGGUCAGACUGCAUGAGCCCUUCAUCACUGUAACUCAUUUGCCACAGCAUGUAAAACUGCUGGGAAACCAGAAAUGUGUUGCUGUGAAUGUUGCAUGUGAGUAGAUAGUGACUAAUGACAGGUGGCUGCCCCACCCUCCUAUCCUGUCUUCUCUCCCAGUAGGUUCCUCAGGUCUGUACAUCCCAAAUAAGGUGUUGUGACUAAGGGACUUUCCAUGAAAAUCAGUCUUCUUCAGAACGACUCCCUCUACCUGAUUUUCUGGAAAAGCUCCAGACCGAUACCUAUAUCUUUCUAAAACUGUAACCCAGUGUUAGCCCCCCUAGCCAAACUAUGGAAUCCCAUACGACUGUAGUCAACCUCCUCUCUAUAUAAUUUGAUGUUUUACAAACGUUCAUGUCUCCCAAAUCACUCCAAAAAGCCUCUCCAUACUCUGUCUUCCAGCCGUGAAAACCCAUUAUUAGCCAAAUAAGGAGGUUCCGGACAUAAGAAUGCACCACACAUAAGUAUGACAAGAGUAUCUGUAUUCAAUGCUAUCCUUAACAAACAAAAAUGUACUGUAAGUAAAUUGGUUACUCCAGAAUUUUAGGGAAAAGUCAGCAGACAUACUACGUAGAACAUGAUCCUCUAGGUUUCACCUUUUGAAAGGCCUUUGUAUAGCUGUGUUUGUACAACAAUUAAAGUAUGCAGCUUAAGAGCCUUCUCCACGGACUUUUUUGAUAAGAAAAACAAAACAAAUAUAUACACACACACACACACACACACACACACACACACACACACGCACACACACACACAUGAACUGCUCCUUAGUGUAUAAAACUAAUACUGAUUUACAAUCUAGGGGACCAUUAAAAUUGUUAGCAUGUUUUAUGCGUUUGAAGACUCAAGUUCACACUCUUUAAGGCUCAGCUAUGUGAUCCUUAGUGCCUGAAGAAGGGUGUUUUCAACCUUGUCUUAUAAGCAAUCGAGUCUCUUCACCAGUCAACAACAUGCAGUUCUUCUAGACACCACUAGAUGUCCUCAGCUCCAGAGGGAUGUGCUGUCGUUGCUUCUGGAUGAAAUGCUCGUGACAAACUUGCUGCUCAUUAAAUAUUGGUAAUAAAUAUAUUUCAGAACAUUUAUUUUGAUGCCUAUCCCUGUUAGAUACAUUCAGUGGUACUUUUGGAUUUUUAACUUCUUCUUAUGGUUCAAUUUUCCAAAUUAUUCAAUUGACUCAAUUGGAACAAUCAUGCAUCUUUACAACCUGGGCUGAUUAUGGAAAUGGGUCCCCUGACACAAAUGACAAAAUUUACAAAAUGAAGUUCAUGUAUGUAGCUUGUUUAGACAGAAUUAAGAAGUUCACAUUUGUUCCCUUACAGAUUCAUUUGGAUAUCUUGCAACAACAUUUAACAUUGCCCCUUUCAUAUGUUUGGUAACAUUUGUACUACAUAUUAUGCAAAUAAUAAAAUGCAUGUAUUAAGUGAUGCUGCUCUUAUGUCAAGUAUGACUACAUCACCACUUCAUCUCCUAAGGUUGCUCCUAGAAGAGGAGUUAAGAGAAUGUUAAGAGAAAGGUUCUUAGCUUUUUUGUGCUCCUUCAAUAUCACUAUCAUAAUCACCUAUUCAAAAAAAUAAUUCCAAGUAAAAAAAAUUCACCAUUUUAUGAUUAAGAUAAUACCCAAAACAAAAGUAACAAUUAGAAGAAGAAGCUGAUGCCCAUCUAUAGUCAUUAAUUAAGCGGCACGUUUUAUGGUCAAGGAACUGCAGCAUCAGAAGUUGUGAUGUAGAAUAAUCCAUUUACCCUAACUUGUCCUCUCGACAAACAGCUCUUGCAAGCUGCCUAACUGUAAGACUAUUGCGCAUGAUUCCUAUCUCUUUUUUUUAAUAAAUGCACACCAACAUUGGACCAAGUCAGAACUAUCUCUCUAUCCCUCCCUGUAAUGGGACCUUAACAUUAACCCCAAAACAUGGAGGGUAACAGUAGUUAUUAGUAGUUAAACAUGCUUGCUACAUGCAAAUUUCACUAAGUGCUAAGGGUACUGCACUCUAUAGCUGCAGAACCCACUGCUCCAGACUGGUUUGUUAGGUAAAUAUACGGAAUGAAGGUCGGGUUGGCCUUAAGACCUGCAUUUGCAUUUCUUUCAUUAAACUUUUGUUGGUUAAAAGGAAAGACAACCUGUUUUUGAAAAGUAGAAACUGAGAAAAUUAAUAUGUAACAGUCUAUGUCCUGAUAGAACAAAAAUGAAGAAUUGGUGAAUAUUUGUUAUCACUAUUUUUCAAUCAUCUCACAACGGUGAUUUUAAAAUUUAGACAUGUCAUUAUUGCUGCAUUUUUAGGAUGUCAUCCAAUAAAUCAAGUCACUGUAGUUUCUAUAACAAAAAGUGUUACAGUAAAUUCAAACUUGUAUCAGUGUGAUCAUCAGUACUUUUCAGUUUUUCAAGUGAUCUUCUCUACUGUAGUAAAUGUCUGUGUUUAUGGAACUUUGAUAUCAUAUGGAAGCAUCAUGUAUCAAACUGCUUUCAGAGUUAAAAAAAGGUCAAGAAAUGGUAAAGAAAGCAAUGGUAGUUGAGCUAGGCCAUUUGUUACAUUGACGUACAGUAUAAUCUUCAGUUUAUCUGAAGAAUGGUCUAGCAUAAUGGCAUUAUUCACAGUAAUGUACUGUGGCCCACAAUACACGCAUUGUACACUUCUGAAGUAGCCAGAGUGCCACCUUUAUAAUUCGAUUCUUGUGGAAAUAUACUUUGCAUGGUCUGACCAGUU